CCUUUACGUGUGUGUUUUUAGCAGCUGCUUAAGACUUCUUUCUCGCUAGAUGUCUGCAGGUGGUUAAUUACAAGCUAAUUUGGAGGGGAAAAGGGAAUUCAGUCAAAAUUAGUAUAAUUUUGGCAUACGCUCGGAGAAAACAAUGUCUAGCAUCCCAGUGGCUGUGGUGACGGGAGCCAACAAAGGAAUUGGAUUCGCAAUUGUGCGGGCUCUAUGCAAGCAGUUCCCAGGAGAUGUAUACUUGACAGCCCGAGACCCUGGACGUGGCCAGGAAGCAGUGGCUAAGCUGCAGAAGGAAGGGCUGCAUCCUCUCUUCCACCAGUUGGAUAUCGAUGAUCUGCAGAGCAUCAAAGCUCUCCGGGACUUCCUACAGGAGAAAUACGGAGGGCUGAAUGUGCUGGUUAACAAUGCAGGGAUUGCUUUCAAAGUUCUCGACACCACUCCAUUUGCAGUCCAAGCAGAGGUUACACUCAAGACAAACUUUUUUGGAACCAGGAAUGUUUGCACAGAAUUGUUGCCUCUUGUGAAGCCUUAUGGCAGAGUGGUGAAUGUCUCUAGUAUGGUAAGUAGCUCAGCUCUGGCAGGCUGCAGCCAAGAACUUCAGCAAAUGUUUCGCAGCAACACGAUCACUGAGGAAGAGUUAGUGAAACUCAUGACAAAAUUUGUGGAAGAUACCAAGAAGGGCGUGCAUGAGAAGGAGGGUUGGCCAAAUACUGCCUAUGGGGUAUCCAAAAUUGGUGUCACGGUCUUGUCCAGGAUUCAAGCCCGGAUGAUAAACGAGAAGAGAAAAGGUGACCACAUCCUUCUCAAUGCCUGCUGUCCCGGAUGGGUGAGAACGGACAUGGCAGGUCCUAAAGCCACUAAAUCACCAGACGAAGGGGCUGAAACCCCAGUUUACUUAGCCCUUUUGCCUGCUGAUGCUGAUGGUCCUCAUGGCCAGUUUCUCAGUAACAAAACUGUUCGAACCUGGUGAGCUUAUGUAUAUGGCAAAACACAAGUGGUAACAUGACUAUGGCUCAGACUGCCCUGACAGGGCGUUUACCCAGAACAGUCUCAUCCUGUCCCCAGCAGCACCAGAGUCCGUUCUCAUUACAGUGAGGGUUACAGUUAUGGUACUUCUCCAGGAUCAUGUGUACAUUAGGGCACACCUGCCAGCACACAGCAAUGUCCAUUGGCCUCCACACACCAUUAGCCAUGUUGCCAGAAAUGGGAUUUGUUGGGUGUUCCAGCCCAGAUGAUGUGAAUUAAUGUGGUGUUACCCUAACGUAGAGGUACUUGACGUUGUUUUACCUGAAUUUACUCUUAAUUAAGUCAUUGCCAGCCCUUUUCUCGCUCUCUUUGAAACAGCCUAACUCUGAUGUGGAGCUGGGAUGAAGAGGCAGAUGCCUUACCUUUUUUCAGUGCAGUAAAUCCCUUUCUGGGGAUAUUUGCUUUUGGGGGUUUUAGGUUUUUUUAAUGUUGGAGGUUUCUUGCUUUGUUUUUUCAGCUACAGUCUGACCAGUUUGGGGGUAGGUUAAUAAGACAGGAACAGGAUCACUGCUGUACAGAGCUUCCUUACUAGUAUUACAAAAUUGAAUCAGGUGAUAAUAAAACUAGCAAUGACUUACCAUUAACAGGAAAAAUUAAUCUGUUGACUUUAUCAAUGUCUAUAUUAACAUGCUUAUCAAUAAAUGAUUACUUACUGGUUUGUAUUUGUACAACUGGCUUAUCCUGAUACUUUCAAACAUACAUUAUACAUUUUUAGUAUAUCUACAUUCUCUGCACCCAGAUUUGUUGCUGGAAUGUGUAAUGUUCAGAAUAUAUGAAGAGAAAAUAAAAUACAGAACUGAUUUACCAGA